GAGGAUUGUUGAUAGCGCCUGUUAUCUCCUCAGUUCAGCCUGCCGCUUGUAGUCUGCCUCGGGACCCCUUCAAAACGCAUAAGCCGUGUCACUUGGCCAAACACGCGCUAUGGACGCAACCCUGGCUCUCACACACCUCUUCGAGGUGGCAUCGGUGAACUGGUUGUACCUAUUUAUACCCAUAUUGCUUUCGUUGUUUGUAUUUGGAGUGAUCUCGUCAAACGUAAACAAGCCCAGAAUUCCCAAGGGAAAAAGACUGCCCCCGGGGCCUCGAGGUUUUCCAUUGGUCGGUCACUUGCCGUAUGGACCAAGAAAUUUUGACUACAAAAGAUGUCUGGAAAUUGCGAAACAACACGGUCCAGUGUUCAGGUUGAAAAUAGGCGUAAAAGAUAUAGUUUUUUUGAACGACUUCGACUCAAUAAAAGAUGUGCUGACCAGAAAAGAUGUUUUGAACCGGACCGACAACUUCCUUCUUGACCGAACCGGGGUGAAGGGUGUUCUGACGCUAAACGGCGAAGCGUGGCAAGAUAAUCGCAGAUUCUGCCUUCACGUACUUCGUGACCUUGGAUUUGGGAGAAAAUCAAUGGAAGAGCACAUAAAGGAUGAAGUUCAGUACCUUGCUGGCAAAUUGCUGGAGCUAGACGGCUCACCAGUGGACAUCCGCAAAUACCUAGUCCCGAGCAUGUCGAACAACAUUACAUCACUGGUGUUUGGCCAACGUUACCCAUUCGAAGACCACAGACGCAAGUUCUUGGACGAGCGGCUAGCGAGGGUCGUGAGGAUCAUUGGAUCCGGAGGCCUUUUCACUUUUCUUCCGUCCUGGGCGUUUCUAUUUUUUUCAAUGCUUCCAUUCACUAACGUGGGCAAGAUCACAGGACUGCUUCAAGAAAUGUUCGAGUAUGUCUCUGAGGAAGUUAAGCAGCACAAAAGUACGCUUGACGAAAGCAGCAAUCGAGAUUUUAUCGACGGAUACAUAAAGAGGAUGGAAGAGAACAAAAACAACCCCCACUCAAACUUUAAAAUGGGAAACCUUCUGGGAAAUGUCCUGAACUUUUUCGGGGCUGGAUCCAACACAGUUCAACUAUCGAUACAAUGGCACCUCCUGAACUGCGCCGACAAGGUGGACACGGUGCAGCGCAACAUCCAGAAUGAGGUGGACAGCGUGGUCGGGCGCGAGCGACCGCCUUGUUGGGAGGAUCACAACAAGAUGCACUACACUAUGGCCACCAUUUGGGAAAUGUACCGAUGGCGCACUGUCGCACCACUCAGCCUCCCGAGAGAAGCUGCCGAAGACGUGGAGUACAAGGAUUACUUCAUUCCUAAGGGAACUGUAAUACUUCCAAAUCUUUCGGCUGUUCACUUCGAUCCCACGUUUUGGGAAAGCCCAGAGGUGUUCGACCCACACCGCUUCUUGAAGAAAGACGGCUCCGGCCUGAUUUCCAAGCCAGACCAGCUCGUUCCUUUCUCAAUCGGUAGAAGAAUGUGCCCCGGCGAGACCCUGGCUACUGUGGAGAUCUUCUUAUACCUAACAACGCUCCUUCAAAGGUUCACCGUGAUGCCUCUGGAGGGAAAAAGAGUGGAUUUGGAACCAGCUGCGGUUGUUUUAAGCGUACCCGCCCCUCAACAGCUUAAGUUUGUGCGUCGUGAGUAAUGCAACCGACACUUCAAAACACGACAUUGCGGCUUCCUGUAAA